GAAAAGAUUUUGAUUCGGUAGUUGACCAAUUAACUAUUUUUAAAUAAAUAUUGCAUUAAUGAUAAACAUUUGGGCCCGCCCCUGGUCCAUUUAUUUAUUUUUGUUUGUUAGGCUUACGAUAAGAUUAAUGGAAAGAAAAUUAUUUUCUAAUACAUAACUGAUAUGGUAUUGACCUAUUGCGUCUUCUUAAUCUAAGAAAAUACAAAAUUUUGUCAACUGACAAUUUGUUAGUUAUUAGCUUAACAUGGGCUCCUCCAGCAAAACUGUUUAUAUUUUGACAUUGGUCUCAAACUUGGUGUCGUUUUUGGCUGGAACAGUUUUAUCAUGGUCAUCGCCUAUGAUAACGAAAUUACAAUCUGAAGAAUCCCCCCUGGACAGAAUCAUCACAAAUACUGAAAAAGACUGGAUAGGAUCUUUACCAAGCCUUGGUGGACUGGUGGGGCCCUUAAUAUACGGAACAUUGAUGCAAAAAGUUGGAAGAAAGAAUUCUGUGCUACUACUAGCGGUACCAUAUUUUCUUGCCUAUGUAAUCCCUGCUUUUAUAACCGAUAUAAACUGGUAUUUUGCGGCAAGAUUCAUAGCUGGUAUUGGUAUGAGUGGCAGUUUUAUGUGUGUACCGACGUAUAUAUCAGAAAUAGCUGAAAACAAGCGAAGAGGUUUACUUCUUUCAUCUUCGACGUGCUUCAUUCUAAGUGGUGUGCUGUUUGACUAUGUUGUUGGGCCUUUAACAACUGCAGCUGAAUUUAAUAUUAUUCUCAGCGCGUUUCCUGUUAUAUUUGCGAUUACUUUUGCCGUUAUAGGAGUGGAAUCUCCUUAUUACCUGCUAGCUAAUGGCAGAGAGGCCGAAGCAGUGAAAUGUUUAAACACGGUUAGAGGAAAUGUUGAUACAGCCAACGAAUUAAAGUUAAUUAAGGAAAAUAUUGCAAGAAGUCAGGAAGAAAAAGGUACCAUCUUGGAUAUCUUCAAAUCGAAGGCUUCCGUUAACGCCCUUAUCAUCGCUAUAUGCUUGGUGGUAUUCCAACAGUUCUCAGGUAUAAAUGUAAUUCUAUCGUACACAGCAACAAUAUUUGAGGAAGCCGGUGGCACUCUAUCACCCGAAACAUCGAGUAUAGUAGUUGGUUCGGUGCAGCUGGCCACCUCACCAAUCUCCCCGCUUCUAGCUGACAGACUUGGGCGUAGAAAAUUACUGUUAUCCUCAAUUCUCGGUGGAGCUCUAGCAGAAUGUGUAUUGGGUGUAUAUAUCUACCUCAAAAACGUUGGUAAUGAUGUGGACUCCAUAUCCUGGCUCCCUUUACUCUGUCUGGUGCUCUUCAUCACAUUCUUCAACGCUGGUUUCUCAAGUUUACCGUGGGUUCUUCUAGCGGAAAUAUUCCCCACCAAAGUUAAGGCGGUCGGUGCCAGCUCCGCUCACGUGAUGUACUGGGUAACGGGUUUCUUAUUGACGAACUUUUUUAGCACCAUUACGGAAAACAUGGGCAUGGGUCCCACUUUCUGGAUGUUCUCAGUUAUAAGUUGUUUUGCGUUUGUUUUUAUGUUCAUAAGGUUGCCCGAGACGAAGGGGAAAUCGUUUCAAGAGAUUGAGUUGCAGUUAUCGCGCUAACAACAAAGAAUAUAUUGUUUGUUUUGUAUUUAUUGAACCUUGUAAUAUUUUGACAAAAACAUUAAAAAUUAUAAGAACAAUUUUGGAUUUUUCUUUUACCAAUUACAACUAAUUAUAUGGUCUAAAGAU